AUGUCUUCAAAUUCUACUCCUGGAGGGAGAAAGGUGCGAGCGUUAGAUAUGUUAGACAGACAUAUGAAUUCGAGAAUUAAUUCAAAAAAAAUGAUAUCCUUAUCACAACCUACAUAUUCAGAAGUACGGGAUCAACUCAAUUCAAAUUCACCAAAAACUAUGUCUGAUCAUGGUAAUUUUAAUGUUUCACCGACACCAAAACGUAGGAAAUUAAAUAAUGAAAUGUCUGAAAUUGAAACUCCAUUAGUUACUAUUUUAAAUGCACCUGAAAUUCCACCACCUGACUUAAUGGAGAAAAAAAAAGAUAGAUACAAUGCUAAUAAUUCAUCAUCACCUCGUGGAGGUACUCCUAAAUCCGUUGCAUUUUCUGAUAAAAUAGAAUCAUCACCAACAAAUAAAGACCCUUUGCAUACACCUUCUCGACCUUCGUCUAUUACGAAACCAAAGAGAUCAAUUUUAAGGAACUCAUUGGCAGUAGGUCCAGUAUUAAGUGAUAUUAGUGGUAACAAGCUUCAAUACCAAAAUACCCAAACUGGAACUGUCAAUUAUGCUGCCAACAAUUUUAGUACUAAUUCUGCAUCAUAUUGGGUUGCUGGUGAAGUUCAUAGCAUGCUGGAUCCCAAUGACAUUUCAGAAUUUAGAGAUAUUAUUGAAGGUGGUAUUAAUAUGUUAGAGGUUGGCAAAUCAAGGGAAAUUGAUCGUAGAUUCGAAGUAUUUGCAACAUUCAACAAUAUUAUCCCAAUUGUUACAUCAAAAACUAGUAACGAAGUUGUUGAAAAAAAAAUUGAAGUAAUUAUUUCAUUUUUGGCUCGACUAUAUUUCAUUGCUUCAAAGGAGUUGGAAGUGGAGCAAACCGAAUUACUUAAUGACCCAAAUAAGAAAAAUCCUUUUUCCUCAAGACUUUACGUGCAAAUUGUUAGAUUGUUGACACUAAUAUAUUCAAGUUUUAAAAUUAUGAAAUGGGUGAACAGAAACAUAAAGUAUCAACAAGUAUUUAAAGAGAUAUUCAAGCUUUCCAUCGAAGCACUAGCAAGUCCUAAUGCAAAUAAAGUCAUCAUAGCUGCUCAGACAACAUUUUUAAGAGAAGAGAAAUUCAGUUCCUAUUUUUUAAAUAAGCAAGAUAUUGAAAAAAUAGUGGAAUGUAUUCCUAUGAUGAACGAAAUUAAUAGCACUAAUUUAAUAUGCGAAAAGCUAUUGUUGAUCAAAAGUUUUCUUAUUAAACAUCCAGCUAUAAUGAUCAAAAAAGUCAAGUUAUGGCUACCUUCUGAAGUCUUAUCUCGUAUCCUAGUUACCGAAGAAGUAUAUACAAUGAAAAUUGGAGCGACUGCUAUAUCUGUAUUAUUGGAAUUAUUAAAAAAAUCAAUCGAUAAUGUGGAAUGUAAAAAGGAAAUUUAUCAAUGUUUAAAUACAGAUCAUGUAUAUAAGAAUGUACCAAACAAAUUUUCAAGGGAAUUUAAAAGUCUCGAAUCCCAGCUCGAUUGUGAUCAUGAGAACAUAACAUUUGGCCACUUAUUAAAAAGACAUAUCAAACUGCUAAUUUAUAAAAAAGAAGAGUAUAAAUUAGCAAUGGAUCUGUGGCUAGCAUUAAUGGCUCUAAUGUAUAACAAUGAAGAGCACGUCGUUGAUCUUGCAUAUAACGAAGAAGACAAAGAGUGGAUCAGUAUAAACCAAGAAUGUUUUGAACAGAAAAACAUACAAGCAAAGAUUUAUUCAAUUAAAGUAUGGCGUAUUAUCCAAUAUUGUGUAUUCCAUAACAUUUCUAAUGUAGCUAAAGAAAAACAGGAAAAAUUACUCAGAUUGUUAUUGAAACCUUUUGAUUACUGUACCGAAUUUGAAACUGACCAGGCUAUUAAAGAUGGGUUAAUAUACUAUUUUUCGGGAUUAAUGUAUGCAAUUUCGACCGGAAGUGAAACAUACAGUGAACGUUUGAACAAUAUAAUAUGGAGUUCAGUUAUAGAACAUAUAUAUCUAACAAAAUUGCCAAGGUCAUUAGGGAUUCAGUUCUAUGAUAAGAGCAAAAUGUUAUUACAACAGCUAUUAAGUAACGAUGUUAAUGAUCGGAAGAAAAAAAGUUUCAAAAAUAUAAAUAUGAUAAAAGUAAUCGCUUCUGCUGGCAUAGAAGAAUCAGAGAUCCCUGAAAUAGAUCCAAGAAUAAUAUGCUCAAAUCUAUCAUCCAUUUUGGCCAUUUUAUUACAUUUGAUUAGGACUGAUAUAGAAAUAUCUGGAGAAAGUAACAAUAAAUUUUAUAAUAUAUUAUUAUCAAAUUUUCAAAUAUUGGACAUUAAAUCGACAAAGAAAGAUUUCAUAACUAUGAGGGACUUUAUCUUGGAAGUUAUCAAAAUAAUUUCCUCAGAAGAAACUUACGAUUAUAAUUUUAUGAUUCUUUCAUUAGACCUUAUAAAAUCGUUCAAAACUUGGUUAUUUGACGAAGAAAUUUCAUGUUUUUCCAUAGAAUACUUACUACAUUGUAAGAAGAUUGGUAUGUUAAGUGAAGAACUAGCAGUAGAAUUUUACAAGUAUAUUUUAAAGGAAUGUGAAGGUUUUUUAUCUGAUUUAGCAAUAGCCCGAGUAUUCUUAGAUUUAGGAUAUGGGAGUUGUGCUUCACUUAUUGCUAAAAAGAUUGGUUCCUACUCGUUAACUAAAGACCUUUCUUUAAAAGAGUUGGGAUGGCUUUGUGAAAUUAUGAAUAUCAUUCCAGAAAUCGAGAUAACUGAAAAUAAGGUUGAUAAAGAGCCCAAGUUUGAGUCAGUCAUUUAUGUAUUAGAUCAUUUAAAUUUUGGUACCUGGAAGAACAAACAAGUACAACAAUUUUUAAGAAACAACUUAUUUAAUGAUUCAGCAAAUAUUGCGAAUAAUAUCUUUAAUAUUGUGGAGAAAUUUUCAGAAAAACCAAUCCUGUGUCGUAACAUUUUGGCGUGCCUAUUACAAGAUAAAGAGUUUGAAAUAAUAAAACGAUUAGUUGGAUCGAAACCAACGUUUUUAGAAUUUAUGUCAGACGUUAAUAUGGACACUCUAUCAAAUAUUAUUCCUAUUAACCAGUUAGAUGAACUAAUAGAAAUCCACUCAUCUCAAAAUAAAACCAUCAAAAAGAUUCUUAUUAGAUUCUUAUUGUUCAAGUCUGAUAAGAUAGAAAACUACCCUGAUUUGCUUAAAUCUUUAUUUUAUUAUAGAAUUGAAGAAAAGACGUUUACCAUUGAAGAGAAGGAGCAUUUUAUCAUAACCCUGUUAGGUGAUCUCCUUGAGGACAAAUUAUGGAAUCCCUUAAAUUUACUGUGUAAAGAAUGUUUUAUCAAUGAUAGUGAGAUAUACAUGAAAGGAAUAUUUCAAAAUUCAACUGUAGAGCAAAUUUUAGAAUUAGACGGAUUCAUAAUAGCAAAAAUGGCAUGUAAGCCAAAAAUAUUCGACCAGUCACUAAUAACAAAAACGAUUAAGAAAUGCUUCGAAUGCAAAGAUUCUAAUUUUAAUAACGAUAUACUUGAAAUAUUAUUCCACGAGGAAAACUUUGGUAUACUGAGACUGUUAAAAAAAGAGGUUAUAAUAUACCUUACUGAAAUCCACAAUUCUGAUAUAGCAUUGAAAGAAUCAAGCAGAAAAAUAGCAUUGAUCCAAGAAUACUUGAAUAUGUUAUUUAAAAAUGAAAACAUUGUCAAUAUUAUCGAAUUCGUAAAAAUUUUCACAGAAGUAGCUGGUGAAAAUCGAUCCCAACAUAUUAUAAAUAUUACGCAACUGAUUCAAAAUGAUUUCGAAUUAAUGUUACAAACUAAGAAGAAUACAGAUAUUUUUAGAAGUUAUUAUUUAAAACUGAAUGCAAUAACAGGAAAAAAUGUCCUAUACAAGCCUUCUGGUAAACCGCCUUUACUUGUCAAUGAAACUUCUAAGGAUGAAUGUGAUGCUAGAAGGAUAAAUCCUUCAAAAACCAAAUCAUCAGAUGAAGCUGAACAAACCAAUGAAGCUGGACAAAAAGUUGAAAUUGAACACUCAAAUGAAGUUCAAAAGGAAGAGAAAGUACAACAAACAGAGAAAAUUCAACCAUUAGAAAAAGCUGAACAAGAAAAUGAAGUCCACCAUAUUAAUGAAAUCCAAAAGUCAGAUAAAGACAGACCAGUAGAAAAAGCUCAACAAGUUCAAAAAUCUAAACAAACUAAAAGAUCUAAAAAGAAAAUAAAACAGAUUGAAAGUGUGAAUGAUCCACCAACGAGUCAAGACAAAUAUAGAAAAGAAGAAAUGGAUGAAACCAAAAAAGUAUUAAAGAGUCAACAACCUGUAGAAGUAAAUGAAUCAGAAGGAAUAAAAAAGGCACAACGAAAUCAGGAAUUAAAUGAGACCAGAAAUGCAGCUCCUUCAAAAAAGUCUGACAAUUCUGAAAAGACAGAAAGGUAUAUUACAAAUACUAAUUCUAGGAUAGAAGUAGAUCCUAGUAAACCUGCCAGUGUUAUUGAAGAUGGUACUAAGGACUUAGCUUCUUAUAUUCCGGGAACCAAGAAAGAUAAAUCUAAACCAUAUAGUGAAGAGAAAGGAACACCAAAUGACUUAGGAUUAUACAAAGAACCAAAUAAGAAUAGCGUAAAUGUAUCAACUGGAAAGAAUUCAGCUAAAAACUCCAUUGAAGUCAAUCCAUUUGAAAAAAAAUCUAGAAGUCCAGUCAAAGUCACAAAUUCAACUAAAGGUGAGAAUCAAACUUCGUUAAGAGCAAAUAAUAAUGAGGAUGGUGUUAUAAUAAGUAAUUCAGAAAAAAAAACUAAUGGAAAUGAUGAAAAUAUCAAUGUUCUAGAAGGUGAUUCGUCAACAAUUUUAGGGAAAAUUAAAAUACCAAUCUUUAAUUCAUUGAGAAUGGCCAAUUCUCAAAAAUCCGCCACCAAUAACAUAAUUGCAAUGCAAAGCAUAAAACGUCUAAGACAGAGGCAUAAUAUCAGACCAAUUGAAAAUAAUAGUUUUGAACUUGGGAGUAAACUAAUAAGAAAUACUAGCGAAUCGCCAAAAAAAUCUCAAACAAAAACCUUGAACUUAGAUGAUAAUUUUGACACCAAGCUUUUGACUAGAUCUAGAAAUAACAAAACCGUUGAAAACUUAAAGAAAGAUCUUGACCGCAUUACAAAAAUUGACAUCACAUCUCUGGAUAAUACUGAAAGGAAGGAGUUAAGAAUGAAAUUACUAAGGUGUACUCUGCUACUGGAAGAUGAAGCAUAA